ACAACAGUCCGAGUAAGAGAGUCGUACGGAUUUUGCCUACGUUCUGUCAGAGUGAAAAAGUCUUGCAAAAUGAUCACAUCCUAUCAAUGAGCCAAAGUACCGUAUCGCGUUCGGUGGUGGUUUGCUGCAGCUGUGCUGUUUGUGAGAAGUGUUGAGUGGCCUAGAAAUUUACUGUCAAAGAAAGAAAGGGUCAAACUAUUUACGACAGUACUAAGUUGGAUGCUGGAAGUUGCAAAGUGUGAAUUUGAUGAAAGGCGUGCAAUCGCGAUUGAGAAGGUUGUGGCGAAUGUGGUGGCGCUCGGCAAGACCUAGUUGUGUUUUCCUUUUGGUUGGGUUCUGGUUACCCGCCUAGAAGACCAGCCUCCUUUGGAGUCAUAUCUAGGCCGCACGAACGAUUUGCUUUCACGGGUCGGUCGAUGCUGCUGUAAUGCUUGUUCGCUCGAAUGGGAGUCGGGUACACAGCUCCGAAAAAUUCCAGUGCUAAAAAGGCUCUUCCUUUUUAGAUGUUCAGUUUGCUGAUGACGGCAGUGUGUGUCUUUAGAAACUCGAGAGCGAGAGAAUAUGGCAGGAGAGCCAGUAACCUCGAUAAUUCGCUAAUAUUUCGAUUACACCAUGCACAAGUUAAUUGAGGUAGUGAUACCGCGGGAUUGAUAUCCGUUUCAUUCUUCUGCAGAGCGCAAGGCAACGCACUUUCUUACGAAGCGUGGAAAUUGGCGAACAUUCAGAAACUGUGAGCUUGCAUCAGUUGAUCGACAAAUGACCGUGCGGCGACAGCCUUGAGUUCCAGCCCGCGGAGUGAACCCGCGUAUGCGCGCAUUUACCAGUGUGAGUGUAUGUAAAUAUAGAGGAAACCCAGGUUUGAAGUUCGAAAGCAAGAAGAGUGUGAAAUAUGGAAGCAUGAAUCAGGUGUUUAUAAUCGCAUACCAUUCCGCGAAUUUCACGUUCAACAGUUACUAGUGCUCUUCGCGUAUGUCGAUAAAAGUGUCAUUAUUUAUCGAUAUAUCUGUAGAUUAUCCAACUUAACCAACUUGUAGUCAACUUUUACUCGAAGAUUCGAUUAUUAGUGUAUGAUAUUGUAUGCUGCUCUAAACUAUGAAAUCAUCUCAAUAAAAAGUAAACAUCAUACUCAUAAAGCCGAGAUCUCGCUGACAGUGCUGAUAGAACGAGAAUAGGAGUACGAGAGGAGAAUCAUCAUCAAAACAGAUUUAAUCAUCCUUAGCAUCACCCACUCGACGUUCGUUGACAUCCGCGCCAAAUAAUUAACAUAGCGAAAAAAUAGCAAUAAAGCAACAUCGGGAAUACAUUCGCAAAAAUCAAACCGCCGUUGGUUACGUGUGACGGUUUUCAGCGUCGUGUUUGCACUCUGUGUACGUCACAGCACCCAGCCAUUGGUCUCAAAUGUGGGGGUGUGGUCGGCCGCAGGCAAUCAACCUGCGUCAGAUCGCGGAAUGGCCAGCCGAAACGGAUUUAAAUUGAAACUGAUUUCAAUAGAGUGUGUAAAUAUGAAUUAUUAAUGUUAAAUAUUGAUGUGAUUGAUAAUGUUGUAUCAGAGCGUUUACAGUUUGUAUUAGUGUUCUUUCCCUCCGUCACUGCCACCGACUUAUGUGCGGGGGCAAACGGAAGUACCAAGUGCAUGUGCUAAUUGCAUUUAAUUACUGAAUCGUGUGUAUAGAUGAGAGAGAGUAACGCAAAAUAAAGUUUGCAAAGAUUUUUAUUCCUUGGAACACGCGCCGUAACGUGAAACCGCCACGGGUUUCGGUGAGGAAGUGGCGAACGAAGAGUGAAGGUGAGCCCUGUAGUGGCGGGGGAGUAGCUUCAAUUGAGUGAGUGUUGAGUGUUAUUAAUACUACAUAAAAGGGCAUAAAGUGUAUCAGAAGAGCACACAAGCAUGGCUUCUUCGGCAACAUUGACUGCGGAGGGCAGCGGAAAGCAACAGCAGCAGCAGCAGUCUCCACGCAAUACGGGAGGUCAAUCCGUGGUCAAUCCGACUGCGGUGAAGCUGGGCACGAUUGAAGUCCCGAAAGCGCUGCAAGAUGGAGAAAAAUUUCUCAAAUGGGAUGAGGAAUCUUGCACUGGAACACCGGUGACCGUUCGAGUGGAUGCCAAAGGAUUCUACUUGUACUGGGUGGAUCAGAACCACGAAAUGUACUUUCUCGACAUUGCUACAAUCCGAGAUGUCCGUACGGGUCCAUACGCUAAAAAGCCAAGGGACAUGAAACUUCGGCAGCUAGUCACCAUGGGCUCUCAGGAUACGCUAGAAGAGAAAACUGUCACUGUUUGCCACGGUGCCGACUUCGUAAAUGUGAAUUUCAUCAACUUCUGCUGUACUAGAAAGGAUAUCGCGAAGUUAUGGAGCGACGAGCUCAUCCGGAUGGCAUACAACCUGACCCAGCUGAACGGACCGGCGAUAAUGUUCCUCCAGAAAGCGUACACCAAACUUUGCCUGCAGGUCGAUAAAAGUGGGAAGGUUCCCGCUAAAACCAUCAUCGAAGCAUUUGCCACCAACAAGGCUGAGAGGCGGCGCGUGGAGAAGGCCCUCGAUGUUUCCGGACUGCCCUCGGGGAAGGGCGACACGCUGGCACUGUCCAAGUUCCAGUUCGAGGACUUUUUCAAUCUGUACAAAAAUCUCACCCAAAGAACCGAAGUGGAGAAAGUUUACGAUGAGCUAGUCGGCACGUCAAAGCGGCGGCUCAUGUCAACAUCGCAGCUAGUCGAUUUUUUGAACAAAACUCAGCGUGACCCCCGACUGAAUGAAAUACUGCAUCCCUACGCAAACACAGCCCGGGCCAGAGAGCUGAUCCAAGAGUACGAACCGAACAAGUUUAAUGCCCAAAAGGGACAGCUCAGUUUUGAUGGCUUUCUGAGGUACCUAAUGUCGGAAGAUAACCCAAUCAUGGCCGCGAGCAAGCUGGACCUGUGCGAUGACAUGGAUCAACCGCUGUCACACUACUUUGUCAACUCCUCUCACAACACCUAUUUGACGGGUCAUCAAAUUACCGGUAAAAGCUCGGUGGAAAUCUACCGGCAAAGCUUGCUCGCCGGAUGCAGGUGUGUCGAGUUGGAUUUUUGGAACGGUCGUACUGAGGAGCCCAUUAUCGUGCAUGGAUAUACCUUUGUUCCGGAAAUUUGCGCAAGAAACGUACUAGAAGCAAUAGCUGAAACAGCAUUCAAAACAUCUGAAUUUCCUGUGAUACUAAGUUUUGAAAACCACUGUAACCCGAGGCAGCAGGCAAAGAUAGCUAACUACUGUCGUGAUAUUUUUGGAGAUAUGUUACUAGAUAGGCCUUUAGACACCCAUCCCCUUGAGCCGGCCAUGGAUUUGCCCGCGCCGGCUGCACUGAAGCGCAAAAUCAUCAUUAAGAAUAAGAAAAAGCAUCACCACCACCACCAUCACCACAAAAAGGGCACCGUCACUAAUCCCACGGCGGCGGCGGUUGCAGCAGUGGCAGCCGGGGGAACGGCCAGUGCAAUGAAUAGCAGCAAUAUUACUGCCACUGCCGGCACCAUCAUUGCGGGUACCGCCACCAUGGGCGCCAAUAAUAAUGUUAGCAAUAAUGUGAACGCAAACACCACUUCCGCCACGUUGAUGGCAACCGCGGCGGCCGGAACGGCAACUCUCAUCACCACCAGCACCGGUAAUAGUGGCAGCGGUACUGGUGCAGCACCGGUUGUACCAGCCGGUGCAAGCUCACAGCAGCAACAACAGCAAUCUCAGUCACAAAACCAGGAGGAAAGUUCUACAGCCCCCGACACCAGCACCACCACCAUCAGCACACCAAGCACCGACUUGAACAACGGUAUCAGCAGCAACAACAGCACUCUCAUUACUGGCACCAGUACGUCACCCACCACCACCCCCAACGUCGCCAGCACACCACAAGCAAUAGCAACCGGCAAUGGCGACGUGCCGCACCAUGCACCCCCAUUACAGCAAAUACGACAGAGUUCAAAGGAAAGUACCGGUUCAUCGAUAGACGAUGACUCGGAGAGUUCAAGCGAGGACGAGGAGUUGAUACCGGGUGUGCAAGUCGGACCAAUCGGAUCCACCGAAGCGGACAAAGUGCCGCAAACCAAAGAGACUGAAGCAGGUGCGGAGAUCUCCGCCCUCGUAAACUACGUGCAACCUGUGCAUUUUAGUAGUUUUGAAAAUUCCGAAAAGAAGGCACGGUAUUACGAGAUGUCUUCAUUUGACGAGAAACAGGCAACCACACUGCUGAAGGAGCGACCGAUUGAGUUUGUCAACUACAACAAACAUCAGUUGUCACGUGUCUACCCCGCAGGAACACGCUUCGACAGUUCCAAUUUUAUGCCGCAGCUUUUCUGGAACGCUGGUUGCCAGCUAGUGGCGCUGAAUUACCAAACCCUCGACCUUGCUAUGCAGCUCAACCUAGGUUUGUUCGAGUACAAUCAUCGGUGCGGGUAUCUGUUGAAACCGGAGUUCAUGCGAAGGAAGGAUCGUCGACUGGACCCAUUUGCCGAGAGUACUGUUGACGGUAUCAUUGCAGGCACAGUGAUCGUCACAGUAAUGUCCGGCCAAUUUCUAACGGAUAAAAAGGUCGGUACGUACGUAGAGGUGGACAUGUUUGGCCUACCGGCGGAUACGGUGAGGAAAAAAUUUCGAACCAAGAUAGUGCGUGACAAUGGGAUAAAUCCGAUCUAUGGCGAGGAACCAUUUGUGUUUAAGAAGGUCGUGUUGCCAGAACUGGCCAGCAUAAGAAUAGCAGCGUACGAAGAAGGAGGAAAACUGAUCGGCCAUCGGGUGUUACCCGUGAUCGGGUUGUGCCCCGGAUAUAGACAUCUGACGCUACGAACAGAGGUGGGUCAACCGAUAACGCUGGCAACACUGUUUUUGUCUAUUGUGGUCAAGGAUUACGUUCCGGAUGGACUGUCGGAGUUGGCAGAAGCUUUGGCCAAUCCAAUAAAAUAUCAAAGUGAACUGGAGAAGCGUUCUGAACAGCUGGCGGUGCUUCAGGAGGACAUGGAACCCGAGGAAGAAGAAGAUUCAUGUCCAAGAAAGGAAACGCUUAAAUCUAGUGAUAAUGCUAGCGGUAGUCCGCUAAAUAGGCCCACAGUGCACCCAGUGUCUACCCUGGCGGGGUCUGCCGGUGUUUCCACUGAUAGUGAUCAUGAGCGCGAAACGCCUUUGGAAGUGAUUUCGAAGGUUGUGGCUUUGCCAGUGGCACAGCCAUCGCUGGAGCAUACUAGUCCAAUGCUGGUGAAACAAGCGACCAUUCAACAGCAGCAACACCCAUUACAGUCUGAGAAGCAGCAAUUAUCGUUUCAUGCUUCUGACCAUGCUGAUGUUCCUAAGAUAGUGGCAGAUCCUUUGGAGAAAAUUUUCGAAGACAAACAAGUUCGAAAAAAGCGGGAUGCUUUGGAGAAAGAACUGAAAGCCCUGAAGAAAAGUCACGACAAGGAAAAAAUUAAGGUGACGACUCAGAAGAGCGGAGAUUUGAGUGACGGAAUUAAAAAGAGCAAGUUCGGCAUGGGGAAUAAGCUGGUUAAGCGGUUUAGCAGUAAAAAUAUGGCAGAUAUGAGCAUUCGGAUACCACCCUGUAUAACGGAUGCGGAUUCCUGUGAUAACAGUGCGCAUGCGGAGCGUAUGAAGCAAAUUUGUCGAGAUCAUGCAAGUAGCUAUCAGGAGGUGCUGGAAAAAUACCACGAAGUGAUCUACAAUCUGGCGGAAGAUUUACUCAAACAGUCACAGGAAAAUCAGAUGAAGCUGCUGAAGGCUCAGCAUGAACGAGAAACCAGCGAAGUAAUGCGGCAGUUGCAGCUGUCUAGAAAGAAUGAAGUAAAACAACUUGCGCAGGUGCACAAAGAUAAAGACGAGUUGGAAAGGAUGAAACGAGAAGUGGAUUCCACGCUAGUGGAAAAAGGCGUAGCCGAACGAGUUCGAUUAAGUGCGAUGUACACCCGAAAGCAAGAUGAACUUCAGCGACAGCAUGACGCUGUCAAGCAAGGACUCGAGGAUCAUCGAGCGAAAGCGAAAAUUAUGCUCGAGAAGGAGGCAGAAUCUCAUGCGUGUAUUUCGGAAACAUUUUUGGCCCAUCUAAAUACGAGCAGUAGCUCAACCAGCUGCUCGUCGGUUGGAACCAUGCCCACGACCUCGAUCUCCAGCGGAAACCUGUGCGCUAGUGCUGGUGCUUCCAUCACGAAGUCAGUGUCCUCCUCCUCGAAUGCACACGAGAAUAACGUUAACAAUACUCACGUUCACUUUGCGGAGUAAAAGCAGUAAAGUUCGAUCUAGUCAUUAUUAGUGUUAGAAUGUUUCAAGUUCAAAUAGUUUUUCUAGGUUGGGAAAUGGAAACGAUACAGUUUUAAGAAGUUAGUUUUACGGUGUCGAGCGUUUAAUAGGAAAUUGUAAUCUUUAAUUCAAUACGACUGAUAAAAUAAUAGAAACGUUGUAACGUGCAACUUGUUUAAAUUUCUGAGCGUUGUUUGGUGAAGCAUUCAGCUUUCUCCAGUAUUUGUGCAAAAGAGAGAAUUCCAUUUGAUUUAUGUUUAACAGAAAUCUCUGGCCUAACUAAUCUAAUUUGCACCCCCGCUGUUGAAUAGUUAAUAUUAUUAGUAUCUAUAUUCCACAAAUACCAAUUGCAUUGAAAUUUUGUGAGUUUGUCCGUCAUAUCCAAGAGACAGCCAGUUAGAAGGACGUUGAACGUCUAGAAUUAAUUUGACACUGAGCAAAAAAACGUAAGAAAGGGUGCGACCUAUUAUUUGUGAGUAGUAACAUAUUGAAAAGCAAAAAUAACACAUGGAACUCGUUGACGGGUAAACAAUUUAUAUUAGUAGAAUCUAAGCGCGAAAAUCGAUACGCACCAUACAUAAUACAAGUUGAACUAGAUUGGAAAUUCGUGUGUAAUGAUUGGUAGUGGUAGAUUGGUAGAAGUGAACCAUUGGAUGAAUCUCAUUAGGAUAGGCUUAGCCAAAUCGGGUUCGAUGUGAUGUUGGCAACGACUUGAAUACAUUUAUUAAAUUGCAUGCACAUGCACAACAUACUCCGUAAUAUUUUUGUACCUAAGUCAC